AUUCGCAAAUAUGAAACUUCAUCGGUUUAAGCAAGCUUAGGCUGUAUCAGAGUAUAAACAAAUUUAAAUACCAAAGUAAAUAUGGACGAGAUCUUUGACACAUUGUUCAAUCAAUACAAAACCGAUCUCAACAUUCGUUCCAAGAAGGUAUGGAGGUCGCAUACCGCUAAGAGGCUGAAGGACUCACAUCCUGCUGCUCCCCUUCAAGGACCAGUCUCCUUCGUGUAUUGCUCCUUCAACACAACAUCACCUAAAGGACAACAGAGGGACUUCAUGAAGGAGCUGGGACCUCGGCCUAAAACACUUCAAGUGCUUGACGCUUUAAAGUCCAUUCAAAUGCUCGACCUGAGAAAGAAAUUUCACAACAUCCGUUACAACUUCAUGAUUGGCGGAGAUGGUGUAGUUUAUAAGGGAAGAGGGUGGAGGAUCCGUCCAUCUUUGCCUGCAAGACAUGUCAACAACUGGAAUCAAGGUGUUUACUUGGGGUUCAUAGGCUACUUUCAUGAUGAACCACCAGACGAUAAACUUUUCCAGCUUCGAGACGAACUUAUAAGAAUAGGCAUUGAGAAAGGUAGCAUAAAGAAAAAGUUUUUUAUGAUGUUGGCGGAUCAGUUCUACUAUUACAAGCAUGCCUAA